AGUCUGUGCCCACUGUGGUAGCGCACGGGGCGGGCGGCGAGCUUUCAGUUCUCCCCUCCCGAGGCCGGGCGGGCGGCGCACGCGCAUCCACCGCCAGUCCCUUCGCGACGCACCUCGCGACAACAUGUCCCCUCUGUGGAUCUUGCUAACAUUGCUCCCCGUCCUGGGGAGCGCGGAAAGGUUCAACUGUAAAGGUCGGAUCUUGGGCGCGUACUAUGCAGACGCUAAGUCUGGCUGCAAGGCCUUCCACGUGUGCGUGAGGGUCGCUGGAGGAGGAAUCAGGGACUUCAGGUUCUUCUGUCCCCCGGGCACACUGUUCCACCAGGAGGCACAAACCUGCACGGACUGGGGAGACGACGACCCACUCGCCUGCCCCGCAGACAUCUACGACGGUCAGUUCGAUCUCUACAGGAUCGGAUCCGGAUUUGACACCAAGAAGUUGUCGUCUUAUGGAAAUCGCGAUGAUGAAGCUGAGUUCGGUCUCCAGCGCGCUGAGACCGGUGACCGUCGGCUGUCGCAGAACAAUGUCGCCCAGAAUCGACCUGACUCUGACCUUCGAGCAGCUCACUCGUCCGACUUCUUCAGCGGACAACGUGACCGUGGCCGUGAUGAACAAACCCCUCCUGCUUCCUCCCCAUCCCCAGUCUCCUCACAACAGCCCUACCAACGCCAGUCAUUCCGUAGACCCACUACCCAACGCACUUACCCCACAACCCAGCGCACGUUCCCCACAACACAAUACACCACACCCGCACCACCUCCAUCCAGUCAACCUCCUGUACCACCCCAGCAGUAUGACGUACCUUCAAAACGUAAACUAGUGAGGAAACGUCCCAUAUACGUCUCUACUAAAGCCCCACCCACCACUUUCCCACCAAACACUCCUCCCCAACAACAGCAACAACAGCAGCAGCAACAACAACAACAGCAACAAUAUUCGGAGCCACAACCACAACAAAACUUUAACCGCCGUUUCAACGCACAGAACAGGCAACAAGCCUUCACUCCCCCUCCAAACGUACCUCCACAAUACAAACAGUAUAAAGACGAAUACGUUGAAGUUCCUAGAGUGACUCCAAAACAAAAUAAUAGGUUCUAUCCCAAUGGUGCUCCUACCUCUUUCCCUCAGCCCUCGUCCACAGCGGCCCCACGGUUCAAUAAAAAGGACGGUCUUAUUGAAUUAUAUAAUUACGACGCACAAUCAACUCCGGGACUAAAUGUUCAGAACGAAAAUCGACCCUUCAAAGUUAGAAAUAGCUUCAAUGUACAAGAUGUUCCUAGAGACCCAGAAUUCGCGCGUGCCAAGAACUUUAAUAACUUCAACAACAGAGUGGAGAACAACAGAGAGAAUAUUAGAGACACACCUACAACUGUAGACUACAGCGUUUCUGCAAGAACUUUCCCUACCACUACGCCAGCUUACAAAAACUUCAACAGCGUCUCAUAUGAACCCGAAAAGAAUAAUUUCGUUCCUUUCUCGAAACAGGCUUAUUACAACAAUCCUACGACCACGAGCGCUCCAUCGACUACGAUCUACACGACCUCACGCCCUGAACCUCCACCUAACUUGAACACAGUGGCAUACAACACCAACCUGGCCUUCAACACUCAGUCUGCUAACUUUGCUGAGGACACUGAUGAAGAUGACGGCCAGUAUCAUCCUCCACAAGGAGAAGAUGACGGACAGUACCGGCCAGAAUUGUAUGACCGGGAACUACUAGCUGGGGCUCAUUCACUCAACAUUGCUGCUAGUGGCAAUAGGCUACCAGAAGAACGCAAAAAGUAUGCAAAAACACAACCUCCACCGAAGCCAUCAGCUCAAACUGCAGCCCCAAGGCCCUUCAGACCUGCCCCUACACCGACUGCUCCUCCCACAACGAGAGCUCCGGAACCAAUUUAUACGACAACACCUCAGCCACAGACGAUAAACACGCAGCGCACUUUCGAUUAUUUCCAAACGUACACCACGACGUCGAGGCCCGCUGACUUUCAACCAUUGAACCAGAACUUCCCACCAGCUAAUGAUGCACCUGCGGGGCCCACGACGACCGUAGCUCCCAGAGCACCAGAGACCAGGCCGCCUCGUCCACCGAGCCGCGUGCCCGUGCCGCCCUCGCCACCCUCUACUCCGGCACCACGACCCACCACUCGUGCGCCACAUUUCGCGAACCCUGCACACGAAAAAGAAGACAAUAGUUACGACUACGCGUAUUAUGACUCCGAUCCAGGGUUCACCGAGUACGAGCAUAUAGAAGAAUUUGGUAAAACUAAAACAAGAGCGUAAAUUAUUAUUGUGUUACAUUACAUCACUGCCAUUAAAUUAGUCGCCUCUUUAGAACAGUAACUAUUUAACCAGUUGCCUUUGGAAUGUAGGUAUUGUUGAGCUAUUCAUUAGCAACGAGAACUUAUUUUGUCUAGUUUAUAUGCAGGGAUAUAGUUUUAAGACUGCUAAUUCGUUAAUGUAUGAAAAGCAAUGGCGUAUUUCUUAUUUUAUUAAACUAAUUAAUGAUUAUCAAAUCAAAGUACAAUAACUAUUGUAAAUAAAUUGUCCGUGGAAUCACGAGUUUCUAGAUUGAAUGCAAACAGUUGUAUCUUUAUCUAAAGAGGCUUACCCGUAGUUACCCUAAAUUAUUUGUGAUAUUAUUAUUGAUGUUUCUAUUGGUAUAAGUCGUUUGUUACCAUGUAAGAAUUAAUAACAAUCUCGAAUUUACGCAAGAAGUUGUACUCUCUUGCUGACAUUGGUGUUUACCGAUAUAGAUUUACGUUUUAUCUAUGUACAAUAGAAAGUAAGUUAUGACGAUAGAUUGUAAAAUAUUUCAUUGUAAAUAAAGUUUUCUUAAUAAACAAUGGCUUGUGCAA